AUGCAGAUAAUUAGUUAUUACGAAGAAAAUCAUACAAAAGCAAUAGAAGUGUACACAUUUGAAAUUCAACAAAAUAAUAGUAAUAUUUCUUCACCUGAUAAUGACUAUUUUCCGGAAAGUCAACUAAGUAGUUCUGAUAAAAGUAAUAAUAUUAUUAUUGAGGAUUUACCAUAA